AUGCCUAUAGUGAAUCGACUAAAAAAACUUUUUAUUCUUGGUUCAAAUUUUGGCAGUGAUAGUCACAAAUCAAGUUCUGGUAUUGGAAACAAGAUUACUCCAAGUAUUGUUCGAGUUGAAACGGACGUAUGUGAUUACUGGACAUUAGAUGAGGUAAUUGGUGAUGGUGCAUUUGGAAAUGUUUACAGAGCGCGAUCAAAAUUAGAUCCAAACAAAAUAGCCGCAGCAAAGGCUAUGGAAUUGGACGAUGAUGAAAGUCAAGAUGUUAUGGUUGAAGUUUCAAUUUUAACUCAGUGUAAACAUCCCAAUAUUGUCGAACUUUAUGAUGCAUUUACUAUGGGCAAUCGCGUUACCCUUUUACUGGAAUAUUGUGGCGGAGGAGCCGUUGACAGCAUAAUGAUGGAACUUUCACGUCAUCUUACGGAGCAACAAAUUCAUUACAUCAUGAAAGAAAUUUUAAAAGCACUGGAUUUUCUACACAAUAAAAAUGUAAUUCAUCGAGAUUUAAAAGCUGGCAAUGUACUGUUGACAAGCGAUGCUAGAGUAAAAUUAGCGGAUUUUGGCGUGUCUGCUUUGUGCAAAGAUGCGCGGGAAGUACGAUCUACAUUUAUUGGAACACCGUAUUGGAUGGCUCCAGAAGUAAUGGUAUGUGAGACAUUUCCUGAAAAGCAUUACAGUAAAUUAGCUGAUAUCUGGAGUUUUGGAAUUACUCUUAUUGAAAUGGCUGAAGAAAAACCACCAUAUGCUGAAAUGAAUCCAGCAAAAGUGAUUUUUAAAGUUAUAAAAGCAGAACCUCCAACUUUGGAGCGCCCCAGUUUGUGGUCGUCCAAUUUUCGACAUGUUAUCGCAAGAUGUUUAAUGAAAGACCCAGUAUACAGACCAACUGCUGCUAAUCUACUAGAACAUCCAUUUUUUGCUCAAGUGGGUUCAGUCCAGACUAUUCGAUCAUUAAUUAGCGAAGUAAAUGCUGAACAAAUUACAACAGAAUUAGUAAUGAAUAGUGACGAUGAAACAUUGUACGAUGAGGAUGAUGAUGAUACAGCAACUGUGAGCAGUGCAGCAACAGCCAGUGAGGUCAAACUAGACGAUACAAGUAGUCUUAGUAGUAAGCAAUUACGCCAUUUCAUUUUGCCUGGCACUUGUCAAAAAACAUCUAUGCCAGUGGAAACAGUCACUUCAAAAUUAGCAAUAGAAAAUAACGAUACAAUUGCUGCUGUAAAGUUAUCAUCAGCAUUACAAAUUAGCACUGUAUGUAUCGAAAAUAAUUCUGAGACCAUUGACAACUCAACGUGUUUAAUACCAAGAAAUACGCCAAAUUUACCGGAAAGCACUGUGGCAGUUGUGGAAAUCAAUGUUGGAGAUGAAGCAGAAUCAAAGAAAACAGAACUUGUCAAAAUUACUAAUGUAGAGAGCGGUGCUAUUUCUGGAGAAGCACAUCAUGAUGCAGCUGUAUCUGCCCUUCUAGAUCUCGAUAAAACAUUGAAUUUAGAAGGUGAAGGGAUCUAUGAAUCUGGUGAAGAAGGUAUGUUUGAUUCUCUUUUAAACUAUAUUGUCUUCAAUAUUUGAAA